AUGGCGGACGAUAAAAUAUUGAAUGCGGCCAAGACAUAUGAAGCAGAUUUACCUCAUAGUAUUGAAGCACUACGCGGUGAGUUAAAUUUAUGGAAACAAUUUUGGAAAAAUAAACCAGAAAAGGCUGAUUCUUCAAUGGAAGCUUUUAAAUAUGCAUCUAUGUUUCCUAACAUUAAAUGUCUUUUAACAAUUCUUAGUGUGAUACCUAUAACAACAGCAAGUGCUGAAAGGUCAUUUAGUUCUUUAAAAAGAAUUAAAACUUACCUACGAUCGACAAUGAGCCAGGAAAGACUUAACGGCUUAGCAAUGUUGCAUAUAAAUAAAGAUAUUCAAGUAAAACCAGGAGAAGUACUAGAUGUGUUUGCUAAAAAACAUAAACGAAAACUUCAAUUCGACCUAUGA